GAAUGAACAUGAACGAUGGAAAAGGAUGAUUGAUUAAGCGAACCCCGCUCCCCAUCCAUCCGUCUUUUGGCACUCCACAGUCUCUCGUAUGGGCUUUCACGUUCUCAGAGCCCCUCCUCUCUCCUCCUCCACAGCCAUAUUCUUCAAACCCACUUCCACUUCCACUUCCACUUCCACUUCCGCUUGGUCUUUUUACCGGACAACUCGUAGCUUCCGUGGCGGGUUUGUUGCAGCCACAGCUGCGCCUAAAUCUGAGGAAUUGAGGCCCUCCAUUUCGUCUGACCAAUCUUGGGUUCCGCGGCAAAAAGGGUCUGAAUCCUUACCAGCUUCAGAAGUGCCUUUGAAAGGUCGUAUUUAUCACGAAACUUAUGGGUGUCAAAUGAAUAUAAAUGAUAUGGAGGUUGUUCUAUCGAUCAUGAAAAAUUCUGGAUACAGCGAAACUGUUGACAUUCCUGAGACUGCAGAGAUCAUUUUUAUCAACACUUGUGCUAUCAGGGACAAUGCCGAACAGAAGGUGUGGCAGAGACUUAAUUACUUUUGGUUUCUAAAGAGACAUUGGAAAAGCAAUGUUGCUAUUGGAAGGUCGCAGUCGCGGCACCCCCCAAAAGUAGUUGUAUUGGGGUGCAUGGCUGAGAGGUUGAAAGAUAAGAUACUAGAUGCGGACAAGAUGGUUGAUGUGGUUUGUGGACCUGAUGCUUACAGAGACCUGCCACGAUUAUUGGAUGAAGUAGAUUAUGGUCAAAAGGGAAUAAACACACUUCUUUCCCUUGAAGAAACUUAUGCCGAUAUAAGUCCAGUACGAAUAUCCAAAAAUUCAGUCACUGCAUUUGUAUCCGUGAUGAGAGGUUGUAACAAUAUGUGCUCGUUCUGCAUUGUUCCUUUCACCAGGGGUAGAGAGCGGUCACGUCCUGUGGAAUCAAUUGUGUGUGAGGUCAGAGAACUUUAUAGAGAAGGGGUGAAAGAGGUAACUCUUCUUGGUCAGAAUGUUAACAGCUACAAUGAUACCACUGGUAAUACAGACGUGGAACCAGGAACUAAUUGGAAACUCAGUGAUGGAUUUUCUAGCAUAGCGAAGGUAAAGAAAAUGGGUUUGCGUUUCUCCGAUCUCUUAGAUCGCCUUUCCACAGAAUUUCCUGAGAUGAGGUUUAGAUACACAUCUCCACACCCCAAAGACUUUCCCGAUGAGUUUCUUUAUUUAAUGCGAGAUAGACAUAACAUUUGCAAGUGCAUCCAUUUACCUGCUCAAAGCGGCAAUAGCAUAGUUCUUGAAUGGAUGCGUAGAGGAUAUACCCGAGAGGUCUACUUGGAACUUGUGCACAAGAUUCGAUCAAUCAUUCCAGAUGUGGGAAUAACUAGUGACUUCAUAUGUGGUUUCUGUGGAGAAACAGAGGAGGAACAUGCAGACACUCUAAGUUUGAUUAAAGAGGUUGGUUAUGAUAUGGCUUACAUGUUCGCGUAUAGCAUGAGGGAAAAAACUCAUGCCCAUCGGAACUAUGUCGACGACAUUCCAGAGGAAGUGAAGCAGAGAAGACUUACCGAACUUAUAGAAGCUUUUCGAAACAGUACAGGUCGAUGCUAUGAUUCACAAAUUGGCAGUGUUCAGUUGGUGCUUGUGGAAGGACCGAACAAGAGAGCCCCAGAUAGAGAGCUGAUUGGCAAGAGUGACCGAGGUCAUAGAGUUUCAUUUGUUAAUGUAGCAGUUCCAGAUCGAGAUGGCAAACACAAUGGACAACGGAAAGCAGCAGUUGGGGACUUCGUGGAAGUCCGUAUAUCAAAAUCGACAAGAGCGUCAUUGUUCGGAGAGGCACUUGCCAUUACAAAACUGAGCUUGUUUCACAACUGUAGGGAUGAUGAAUCAAUAGCCUGUGUGAGCUGAAGUUCAAAUGAAUUUAGAUCAUUACUAAAAUGUUGGUGCUUUAUUUUCUGGUUGACUUAGAUUAUCAUUUCUCCUCUUUACUAUUAUAAGUGUAAAAAUAUAAUUGUAUCUUGGUAAUAGUCUUCAAAUUUUUU